CUGGCGAGGAAGAUAAAGACAUUUGCAACCAAGAUGGUGAUCACGGGUGGCAGCGACGAAGACAGAGGCCAAGAGAGGGAGAGUAAAGAGGAGAGCGUCCUGGCGAUGCUGGGGAUCAUCGGGACCAUCCUGAACCUCAUCGUGAUCAUCUUCGUCUACAUAUACACCACGCUCUGA